AUGUCCGACUCUGGGAAAGGUUUUUCAGCUGUUCGACUUAUGGCUGGUGGAGUUGCUGGUGUCUGUGUUGACUUGAUCCUUUUUCCCCUGGAUACUGUAAAAACAAGACUGCAGAGUCCUCAAGGAUUUAGGAAGGCUGGUGGUUUUCGUGGCAUCUAUGCUGGUGUUCCUUCAACUGCUAUAGGAUCCUUUCCGAAUGCUGCUGCAUUUUUUAUCACCUAUGAGAAUGUGAAAUCUGUGCUGCACCAUGGCUCUACAUCUUAUUUGACUCCAGCAACACACAUGGUCGCUGCCUCCCUUGGGGAAGUGGUUGCAUGCCUCAUACGGGUUCCAUCUGAGGUGGUCAAGCAAAGGGCCCAGGUUUCUCCUUCCUCGAGUACCCUCCGGAUCCUCUCCCACACCUUGUAUCAUGAGGGUAUUCCAGGACUUUAUCGGGGUUAUAAAAGCACAGUAUUACGAGAGAUUCCUUUCUCUCUGGUGCAGUUUCCCCUCUGGGAGUCCUUAAAGGAUCUCUGGUCAUGGAAGCAGGGUCACGUGGUGGAUUCUUGGCAGUCAGCAGUCUGUGGAGCUUUUGCAGGUGGAUUUGCAGCUGCAGUCACCACACCUCUCGAUGUAGCGAAGACCAGAAUUAUGCUGGCAAAGGCUGGAUCCAGCAACGCUAGCGGGAACGUUCUGGCUGCCCUUGGUGGCAUCUGGAGGACACAAGGCCUGUCAGGGUAA